GUUCCCAUUGCCAAACACAAGAUGGCCGUUGCCAGCCACUGACCUCUGGACACCUGGGAAAGUGAAUCCAGUCUGUCUGUGUAUUAGGAUGUCUCUGUAUAUGCCAUGGCUGUGACAGCACUGAGAGGGCUGGUGAGGAAAGGUACAGCUCUCUGUAUAUACAGUGUGAUGGCUGGUGUGGGCUCUGUAUACAGUGUGAUGGUACAGUCUCUGUAUACAGUGGGCUGUAUACAGUGUGAUGGUCUGCUGUGAUACUCUGUAUACAGUGUGAUAAGCUCUGUAUACAGCUCUCUGUAUACAGUGUGCUGGCUCUCUGUAUACAGUGUGAUGGUGGGGCUCUCUGUAUACAGCUCUCUCUGUAUACAGUGUGGGGGGGCUCUCUGUAUACAGUGUGAUGGGGGGGGCUCUCUGUAUACAGUGUGAUGCUCUCUCUGUAUACAGUGUGAUAGCUGGGGAGCCUCUGUAUACAGUGUGAUGGGGGCUCUCUGUAUAGUGUGAUGCUGGGGGCUCUCUGUAUACAGUGUGAUGCUGGGGGGCUCUCUGUAUACAGUGUGAUGGCUGGGGGCUCUCUGUAUACAGUGUGAUGGCUGUACAGUGUGAUAGCCUCUCUCUGUAUACAGUGUGAUAGCUGGGGCUCUCUGUAUACAGUGUAUUAGCUGGAGCUCUCUGUAUACAGUGUGAUAGCUGGGCUAACCUCUCUGUAUACAGUGUGAUGCUGGGGGGCUCUCUGUAUACAGUGUGAUGGCUGGGGCUCUCUGUAUACAGUGUGAUGGCUGGGGGCUCUCUGUAUACAGUGUGAUGGUUGGGGCUCUCACAGUGUGAUGGCUGGGGCUCUCUGUAUACAGUGUGAUAGCAUACAGUGUGAUAGCUGGGGGGGCUCUGUAUACAGUGUGAUGGCUGGGGGCUGGGGGCUCUCUGUAUACAGUGUGAUAGGCCUUGCAGUGGGGAUAUUGGGGGCCUCUGUAUACAGUGUGAUUGGCUGGGGCUCUCUGUAUACAGUGUGAUGGCUGGGGCUCUGUAUACAGUGUGAUGGUUGGGGGCUCUCUGUAUACAGUGUGAUGGCUGGGGGCUCUGUAUACAGUGUGAUGCUGCUCUCUGGUGUGAUGGCUGAACAGCUCUCUCUGUAUACAGUGUGAUGCUGGGGGCUCUCUGUAUACAGUGUGAUGGCUGGGGCAAUCUGUAUACAGUGUAUUGGGGGCUUGUAUACAGUGUGCUCUCUGUAUACAGUGUGAUGGCUGGGGGCUCUCUGUAUACAGUGUGAUGGCUGGGCCUCUGUAGCUGUGAUGGCUGGGGGCUCUCUGUAUACAGUGUGAUGGCUGGGGGCUCUCUCUGUAUACAGUGUGAUGGCUGGGGCUCUCUGUAUACAGUGUGAUGCUGGGGGCUCUCUGUAUACAGCUGUGAUGGCUGGGGGCAUACAGUGUGAUGGCUGGGGCUCUCUUGUAUACCGUGUGAUGGCUGGGAGGGCUCUCUGCAUACGGUGUCAUGUUUGGGGGUCUUUGCAUACAGUGUCAUGUUUGGGGGCUGUCUGUAUACGGUUUAAUGGCUGGGGACGGAGCUCUAUGUAUACAGUGUCAUGUUUGGGGCUGUCUGUAUACAGUGUCAUGGCUGGGGAGGGGCUCUGUAUACAGUGUGAUGGCUGGGGUUCUCUGUAUACAGUGUCAUGUUUGAGGGGGUCUAUGUACACAGUGUCAUGUUGGGGGCUGUCUGUAUACGGUUUAAUGGCUGGGGGACGGAGCUCUAUGUAUACAGUGUCAUGUUUGGGGGGGCUGUCUGUAUACAGUGUCAUGGCUGGGGGAGGGGCUCUCUGUAUACAGUGUGAUGGCUGGGGGGUUCUCUGUAUACAGUGUCAUGUUUGAGGGGGGUCUAUGUACACAGUGUCAUGUUUGGGGGGGGGGGGCUGUCUGUAAACCGUUUAAUGGCUGGGGGCGGGGGCUCUCUGUAUACAGUGUCUAUCAUUGGUCUUAAUUCUUUAUUAACCCCCUGCAUGCUGCACUUAUGCAUAUAUCCACCCCUCUGUCUCCACCCUUUAAAACUCUGAACUUUGUCGCAGUAACAAGUUCGAGUCUCUGUCUGUAACUGUGUCUGUAACUGCCUGGAGAUCACCGCUGUCACAGGUAAUGACCAUAUAUCCCUGGCCAAACUGAGCGAGUCCCUAGUCACUAACACCCUGCGUCGCAGAACGGCCGAUUCCUAGACUAUUCUUCCACAGGGGCCAAAAACUGAGUUAUAGGCAUUUCAAAGGCUGGUUAUAAAUCACAGCAAGACAGUCACGAGUCCAUAGUUCUGAAUUUGUUUACAGAGGUCAUAGUCCAGAUAGAAUUCCUGUGGUCAAUACCGGACGCUGCACAAUGAGCUUAUUUUAAUAACCGGGCUGUACCCACAUUAAUUAUCCCCAAUCUGAUCCCAUCCACAACAGUCAUUACUAUCCAACACAAACGGUCUAGGGCCAUUAAUGGACUCUUUAUUGUGUCAGUUUAUACGUAGGGACUGACGUGAUGACACAAUAAAGAGUGGUAGAGCAUUAUUUUAUAGGAGAACAAAUGAACUCCUGGCCCCAUCUUCUGUAAAAUUUAACUUCCUUAGUACCAGAAUACGGAGGAAAAAAGUAGAUCAUAAUUAUUAUAGUUUUGUAGUGCCUAUAGUAUAUCGGUUUUGAGUGUUAAAGGGGAACGAUCACCUCCCAGGGUUUGUAAUAUAAUGUUUAGUUAUCCCUAUAUGUAACAGAUAUAUAUAUCUGUACGGUGUGAAAAAUAACAUUAAAUGCAGAAAUCCAACGUUCUUUAUCCUAUAACUCGACGCCUCCAUCUUGGCUCAAUCAUUGUUAUAAGCCCCAUAGAGUGAGCAGACCGAGAGGAGGAGACAUGAAACACUGUGUCUAUUUCUCCUCUUCAUUUUAAAUGUUUGAUCUGUCUUUGCAUUGUCUGAACUGAAUUAUGAUGUCAUUUGCUAAAUCUUUAGGAGAAAUUUAAAGGGACUCUCCAGUGCCAGGAAAACAUAUCCGUUUUCCUAGCAUUGCAGUGCCCCUCUCCCUCCCACCCCCCAUCCCAUGUUGCCUAAGGGGUUAAAACCUGAAUCCAGCGCGCUGUCCCUCGGUGCUGGGUCAGGCUCCGCCCACGCUCCUCCCCCACCGACGUCAGCCGGCGGGGAAGAACUAAUGCGAAUGCGCGGCAAUGGCUGUGCGCAUUAGACCUCCCCAUAGGAAAGUAUUAUUCAGUGCUUUCCUAUGGGGAUUCCUGCGACGCUGGUGGGCCUAAUGCAUAGCGUGAGGACGUCCAGCAUCGUUUAGACGACAAAAAGUCGUCUAAGAAGCCAGAAGUCCCUCUAGUGACUAGCUGAUAGACAGUCACUAGAGGAGGACUUAACCCUGCAAGGUAAUUAUUAUUUAUAAAAACUGCAAUAAUUACACUUGCAGGGUUAAGGGGGAUGGGAGUUGGCACCCAGACCACUGCAAUGAGCAGAAGUGGUCUGGGUGCCUGGAGUGUCCAUUAAAAGAAAACAGAGCUUCUCGUGAAAAGAAAACUAUAGGUGAUUUUCAGUCUUUUAUUCAAUGGUGUAAAUGCCAGAGAAGUUCCCCUAUUUAAACCAUCACUAAAGUCACUUUGGUUACGUCAUCUCAAUGAUGGCUGAGUGCAGUGGUCCUGUCGUUGUAACCCUGCCAUGUCAUUCUUCUUUUUGAAAUGUCAAUGUUUACAUUGCUGGAUUAAAUCCACAUCCAGUUGCUGUCCAACUGAAAGCCACUAUAGACGAGUCCUCAGCACAGACCGAGUAAAACUCCAUCACGUGAUGCGGACGCCCCAUGGCAAAGCAUGGGUUCACUGCUUUCCUAUAGCUGAGCUUUGAUUGGGUGUUUGGUGCUCGAUACGCAUGCUCUGUGAGGAGCAUUGGGAUUGGAUCAUCAUGGAGGAGGCCAUACCUCAUUGAUGACUUCGCCGAAGGCAGAGGUAAAGAGCAGCAAGGGGACCACAGAGCUGGAAUAAGGUAAGUACAACUUGUAUUCAGUUUUGAGGGCACGCAGGGGGGGGGGGGAUCUGUAUCCCCCAUUCUUUUUUGCCUAGGUGAGGUGUUAUUAAAUAAAACUAUUACAUUCUAUGAGACUUGAAAUUGCUGUUUAGUGACUGAGUGAGUGCACUGGAUCUUGUAUGCUGUAUUUUCCUAGGGACAGGGGCACUGUGGUGUUUGGAAUGCAGGUUUGUUAUAGUAAUUCCAUUCCUCAGAACUCCGUGGAGCAUUCCUGGGAGUGCGCAAUAUGGCGUCAGAGGUAGAAGUACCCAAGUAUCAGUACGAAACCCUUAAAGUCACAACAGAAGCCAAACAUGUCUUACACGUGGAGAUUAAUCGACCGGAGAAGAGAAACGCUAUGAACAAAAGUUUCUGGAGGUAAAGGAGACUGUCAUACAAUGUACACUCCCAGUGCACUAGUUUGGCAGUAUAUACUAACAUAGUUACACAGCUUACACACUCUGUGACUAAUUCAGGAAUACUCACUGUGUGUACUGAUACAGUAAUACACCUUACACACUCUGUGACUAAUUCAGGAAUACUCACUGUGUGUACUGAUACAGUAAUACACCUUACACACUCUGUGACUAAUUCAGGAAUACUCACUGUGUGUACUGAUACAGUAAUACACCUUACACACUCUGUGACUAAUUCAGGAAUACUCACUGUGUGUACUGAUACAGUCAUACACCAUACACAUUCUGUGACUAAUUCAGGAAUGCUCACUGUGUGUACUGAUACAGUAAUACACCUUAUACACUCUGUGACUAAUUCAGGAAUACUCACUGUGUGUACUGAUACAGUAAUACACCUUACACACUCUGUGACUAAUUCAGGAAUACUCACUGUGUGUACUGAUACAGUCAUACACCUUACACACUCUGUGACUAAUUCAGGAAUACUACAAGAGAGAAGACAAGUAAAAAAAGGCGCUCAAUACACGUCUAAAAUAAUAACAACCAUAAAACCUAUAAAGCAGCUCCCUUAUAAAGUGCAAUAGCCCAUAAAACACUAAAAAUACAAUAGUACAAAAAAAGGGUGCGCUGUGUCUUUAAGACAAGAAAAGUGCAAUGUUCCUUUAAAAACACUCCAGUGCUUCAAAAAAACACACAAACUCUAUUUAAUAAAUGUGUUGCUAUUACACACUCUACAAUAGUGCAAAAAAGUGCAAGUGUACAAAUAUCACUUUUAUACCAAUAUAUUGGUGAAAAUUGGUAAUUUACAAAUACCACUUUUAUAUCAGUGUAUUGGUGAAAAAUUAGUAAGAAAAACGGAGCACUUACAAUACCCCGCUAUAUGUACCUUAGGUCUGGUUACUCCAGUUAUGCAUACAUAUGUAUAAAAAAUAAAUAAGAGAACAUAGUGUAAUACAGUAUUAUAAAUUUUGUUAUUAGAACAAUGAAUAGUGUUAAACUCACAAGUGGAGAGCAGAGAAGUCUGCUCUAACUUUAUCCGCUUCUUGUGUAGAGCCAACAAGUCAUAGGACAGCAGCAAGUUGAAAGAAACACUUUUUUAUUUCCAAAUAAAUCUUCACAAUAUUAAAAAUAGUCCCCCAAGUGGUAUCGCUUUGCUCACUCAGUCUCUCUUUGGAAGGCGUACUGCAUACAGUUUCGCUGCCGGCUAGCACCGUACCGCAAACACUUCCUGGAGGCGGAGCCUAAUGACGUAACCACGGGACGUACGUGAUGACGCGUUUCGCCACAAAAUCGGCUUCCUCAGAUCACACUUCCAUUCUGCUGCUGUCUUGCUUUUAAGUCCGUUUUCACAGGUGUAUGUCCACCUAUUAAGUCCUCAUUAUUGGUUACCAGUGUAACCCCUUAAUACCUUAACAGAAAUCUUCAUACAAUUAUUCAUUCCCAGGGUCAUAUCUCCUAAACCAAAUUUUUUCUUGCAUAUGAGAAAAACUAAUUUAUUAUAAAACACAUUUAUUAGACACAUACAUAAAAAACAUAAGCCUAUAGAUUAAAAAACUAAAAGUAUCUCUUAACUAUAAUAAUUAAAACAUACUAAAAAAUAUCAAUAUAUAUUAUAAAAAAUUAUAUAAAUCAAAUUCUAUAUUUAAACCUCUCGGUUCCAAAGUUCCUAAACGGUGUACCCAUUUCAUUUCUUCUUUACCUAUUGCAUUUAUAUGAUCUCCUCCUCUCCAAGAUUUAUUAACUAUUUGAAUUCCUAAAAAAAUUAACCCAUUUGGAUCCCUUUUAUGGUAUUUAUUAAAAUGGGCUGACACACUGUGUUGCUCAAAGCCACGUUUUAUAUUAUAUACAUGCUCAUAAAUCCGUUUGUGAAGGGGACGUAUUGUUCGACCCACGUAUUGUAACCCACAUGGGCAAAUCAGCAAAUAGACAACAUUUUUACUGCAGCAAGUAAUAAAAUCUUUUAUAACAAAUUCCUCUUCUUUUUCUCUUGCUUUAAAUUUGCUUAUUCCUUUUAAAGUUCUAUUUUUACUGCAUUUACAGCCCAUACACUUUCCACAUGAAUAAAAACCGCUUUUAUUAUUUAAAAACGUUGUUCUAACUUCUUUUCUAGGAUGAUUAAAGGUAAGGAGUCUUUUAAAAUUUGGGGCACCUCUAAAAGUGAUAAAAGGUCUCUCUGGUAAAAAUUUUUCCAAAUCUUUGUCUUUCUUUAAUAAAGGCCAAUGUCUAUUGAUUAUGGAUCUAAUUUUUCUAGAAUCACUAUUAAAAUCAAAUACUAGGGGUAUCUUUAUAUCUUUUACUUCAGUCAAUCUGUUCUUUUGUCCCACAAUUAAAUCUUCCUGAUCAAGUGUAAUUACUUCCUCAUAUGCUCUAUUUAAUAUAUUUUUCGGAUAUUUCUUUUCCGUAAAUUUAUCCAUAAGGAUACUUGCUUGAUCUUUAAAAACAUCUAUUUCUGUACAAUUCCUUCUCAGACGUUGUAGUUGUCCUUUUGGAAUAUUGUCUAACCAAGGGGAAUAGUGGCCACUAUUAUAUAGCACAUAACUAUUUGCAUCAACUUUUUUAAAAUAGUUUCUAGUUUUUAUACUCCCUCCUUCUAUAUAGAUAUCCAAAUCCAGAAAGCUAAUGUUAUUUUUACUGUGAGAACUAGUAAGAUGAAUCCCCCAGUCAUUUGCAUUCAAUUUAUUUAGAAAAUUUUCUAAACUUGACUCGGUACCUCUCCAUAUAAAAAACAUAUCGUCAAUGUACCUGUAAUAGGAGACUAGGUCCGCCCCCCAUUCGCAACUGUUAUAAAUAUUAAUAUUUUCACAACUUGACAUAAAUAAAUUAGCGUAGCUGGGGGCGAACCUAGUCCCCAUAGCGGUGCCUUGACAUUGAAGAUAAAAUUGGGAAUUGAAGAAAAAAUAAUUAUUAUUUAAAAUCCAUCGUAUGCUAUCUAUUAAAAAUUCUACAUGGGAAUGACUAAACUUACCAGAUUCUUCUAGAGUCUUUUUAAUCUCUCUACACCCUAAAUCAUGAGUGAUUGAGGUGUAUAAAGAAGAGACAUCACUAGUAACAAGUAUAAACGAAUCCUCCCAUUUUAUUUUCUUUAGGAUUUUUAUUACUUCUGUAGUAUCCUUCAGAUAAGAUGGGAUUAUCUUUACUAGAUCUUGGAGCCAUAUAUAUCGACAUAUUUAGAUAAAUUAGCCGAUAUUGACCCUAUCCCCGAAACGAUUGGCCUUCCUGGGGGGCAUCUAAUAUUUUUGUGUACCUUUGGUAAUGUAUAAAAAACCGGUAGUCUUGGAUGCUCAACUUUUAAAAAAUUAUAUUCUUUCUCGCUAAGGACUCCUGUAUUUCUACCCUUUUCUAAUAAUACAUAUAAAGAUUCUUUAAUUUCUUGAGUAGGGUCCUUUUUUAAACAUUUAUAUACUUUUACUUCCCCUAAUUGUUUAUUACACUCUUUCAAAUAGUCCUCUGUAUUUUGUAUUACUAUACUCCCCCCCUUGUCCGCCGGCUUAAUGACUAUAUCCUUAUUAGUCCUUAAUUCUUGUAAAGAUCUCCUCUCACUAAAGCUGAGAUUAUGAAGUCUUCUUUUCUUAUUAUUACUUGUAUUUAGUUCCUCAAAAUCUUCUAAAUGCAUUUCUCGAACAUAUCUAUAGCACUUGUCCUAUAAUUUCUUGGAUAGAAUGUAGAUCUAUUUCUUAAACUGGUAUGAUCUUUAUCUUCUAUCUUAUUGUCACAUUUAUUUAUAGAAAAAACCUUUUUAAUGUCAAGUUCCUAGAAUAUUUUAGCAUAUCCACAUACGCUGAAAAAGAAUUAAAACCUACAUUGGGGGCAAAUUUAAGACCCUUAUUUAGAAUCCUAAUUUCAUCUUUAGUGGGGUUAUACUUAGAGAGAUUUAUUACUCCCUCCAAUUUGAUGUCCUUCCUCUUUUUCCUCUUUUUCCUAUACUGUAGCUCUCGUCCUCCUCUACAUCCUCUAUAUCCCUGUAUCUCCUUCUUUUUUGAGGUGAGAAGGUUACCCUUCCUUUUCUCUCCCCUAAAAAAUCUUUUUGUUCUGAUUGUAAAUUAUCAUCUGAAAGGAUUUCAAAACGGUUCCUUAGUUCGGUAUCCUUUCUUUGCUGUACAUAGGGCGGACUCCUACCCUGUCUAUUUCUAUUCUGUUGAUAUUUAUUUUUUGGUUCUACUUUUGUCCAAUUAUAUUGUUUCCUAUUCUCUGGUGUUUUCCACUGAGUCCGUUCUGAAUAUUUGACAGUAUUUGCUCUUUUCCUAUAAGGAUAAUUUGGGGAGUCUGGCUUAUAUUUAUAAUUAUACUCUUUUUUCUCUCUAUAUGAAUUCGUAUAAGUUCUAACUCUAUUAUUCUUAUUUUUGCACUAUUGUAGAGUGUAUAAUAGCAACACAUUUAUAAAAUAAUUCAGGAAUACUCACUGUGUGUACUGAUACAGUAAUACACCUUACACACUCUGUGACUAAUUCAGGAAUACUCACUGUGUGUACUGAUACAGUAAUACACCUUACACACUCUGUGACUAAUUCAGGAAUACUCACUGUGUGUACUGAUACAGUAAUACACCUUACACACUCUGUGACUAAUUCAGGAAUACUCACUGUGUGUACUGAUACAGUCAUACACCAUAGACAUUCUGUGACUAAUUCAGGAAUGCUCACUGUGUGUACUGAUACAGUAAUACACCUUAUACACUCUGUGACUAAUUCAGGAAUACUCACUGUGUGUACUGAUACAGUAAUACACCUUACACACUCUGUGACUAAUUCAGGAAUACUCACUGUGUGUACUGAUACAGUAAUACACCUUACACACUCUGUGACUAAUUCAGGAAUACUCACUGUGUGUACUGAUACAGUCAUACACCUUACACACUCUGUGACUAAUUCAGGAAUACUCACUGUGUGUACUGAUACAGUAAUACACCUUACACACUCUGUGACUAAUUCAGGAAUACUCGCUGUGUGUACUGAUACAGUAAUACACCUUAUACACUCUGUGACUAAUUCAGGAAUACUCGCUGUGUGUACUGAUACAGUCAUACACCUUACACAUUCUGUGACUAAUUCAGGAAUACUCGCUGCGUGUACUGAUACAGUAAUAUACCUUACACACUCUGUGACUAAUUCAGGAAUACUCGCUGCAUGUACUGAUACAGUAAUACACCUUACACACACUGUGACUAAUUCAGGAAUACUCACUGUGUGUACUGAUACAGUCAUACACCUUACACACUCUGUGACUAAUUCAGGAAUACUCGCUGUGUGUACUGAUACAGUCAUACACCUUACACACUCUGUGACUAAUUCAGGAAUACUCACUGUGUGUACUGAUACAGUAAUACACCUUACACACUCUGUGACUAAUUCAGGAAUACUCACUGUGUGUACUGAUACAGUCAUACACCAUAGACAUUCUGUGACUAAUUCAGGAAUGCUCACUGUGUGUACUGAUACAGUAAUACACCUUAUACACUCUGUGACUAAUUCAGGAAUACUCGCUGUGUGUACUGAUACAGUCAUACACCUUACACAUUCUGUGACUAAUUCAGGAAUACUCGCUGCGUGUACUGAUACAGUAAUAUACCUUACACACUCUGUGACUAAUUCAGGAAUACUCGCUGCAUGUACUGAUACAGUAAUACACCUUACACACACUGUGACUAAUUCAGGAAUACUCGCUGUGUGUACUGAUACAGUCAUACACCUUACACACUCUGUGACUAAUUCAGGAAUACUCGCUGUGUGUACUGAUACAGUCAUACACCUUACACACUCUGUGACUAAUUCAGGAAUACUCACUGUGUGUACUGAUACAGUAAUACACUUUACGUGUGACCCAUUGCUUUGGUUUCUCGCUGUGACACUAUUCCGGCCAUUUGUUCCGCAGUGAGAUGGUUCUAUGCUUUCGUGCAAUCUCUGAUGAUCCAGAUUGUAGAGUGGUCGUGAUUUCGGGAGCUGGAAAAAUGUUUACAUCAGGUAUACAGCCUCUUUCUAAUUGGAUCCAUUGACGUGAGGGUAGGAGGGUUGGAAGGAGGUGGGGGCUGCUGGAAGGGGUAUUUGGUGGAACGAGGGCUUGGUAGGGGUGGAAGCUGGAGAUGAGGAGGGGUAGAAGCUUUGGAAGGCUCGGGAUCACUUUUUUAUUGUGUUUAGGAAUAGAUCUGAUGGACUUGGGGAGUGACUUUAUACAACCAAGGGACACUGACACGGCAAGAACAGCCUGGGAACUGCGCAGGAAAAUAUCCACUUACCAGGAAUCCUUUUCCGUCAUUGAGAAGGUUGGAAGACACAGAAAUUAGAAAUUCCCAAAUUGUCCUAAAUGUGUAUUAUUAUUUAAAAAAAAAAAAAUUUCUCCUUUACCUUUACCUAGCACUGACCAAGCUCUCCCCACUAUUACUCUUUUAUUUUCUGUCCAUAAUUAUUUUACACUGCCCCGUGGGUGCUGUUUUCUAUUGGUUCCAUAUGCCACGUUCAGCCUGUACGGCCAAUGCCAUGUUCAGCUUGUACGGCCAAUGCCACGGAAUCUCUGCCAGGGAGUGAGGCAGUGUCUGUUACAGUAUCGGUGGGAUCACGUUGUGUAUUUUGUGUUUCAGUGCCCAAAGCCUGUGAUUGCUGCUGUCCACGGCGGGUGCAUCGGUGGAGGUGAGACAUGUUAAAAUGAGCUGGUGGUAUCACAGAAACAUCUUUGGGCUGGGAAUGUUAGGGCUGCAGUCAGGAUUAAGGAGAAGUAUAGAACAGCCCUCUGGGAGUCAUUGUGCAUUGUGACAUUUAGCUUAGAUUUCGCAUAUUGUUAGUAUUCACACAGGUAAAGUCAAAGCUGAUUUAACAUUAACUAGGAACUGAUUAAAUAUUUCACCAAUAAUAUUUAAUCUGAUGUCUCCAUAUAGAAUAUGUCAGUUGGACUAAUUGGCAGAUCUCAUGUCAAAGAAGUUUCUAAGUGUUUGUGUUAUUAUAAUAUAGAUGUGUUCAGUGACUCUGGGCACACCUGAUCCAGACAUCUUAUCCAGAUAGUAUUACACAUCUUCUACUUGAUCAGGGUGAGCAGUGUAAGGUAUUAUGUGAUUGUAGUUUAUAUAAAGCUACAUUAACUGAAUCUAAUAAAGUGACUUUCGUGGCACCCACACACAUUAUAUAAAGUCAUAUUGGAUGGAAUAUUUUUAUUAAUUUAUUGUUGAUUAAGGUGAUGCUCUCAGCCAAUGAGCCAAGGGCCCUCAGGAGAGCUAAUGGAAGCUCCUAUCUAGGAACUUUCCGCACUCCAGCGUUGGUAAUGGAUGCGGGGUGCAGAGUCCGGCAGACCCCAGGUAAUAAGUCAAACUGUUAAAAAAUGGUAUAACUACAGGCCACUCCUGCCACCAUAACACUUAUGGUGCGCAGUAGUGGUUAUAGUGCUUAUUACUAUUUAAUCUCACAGAAACCCCUGUAGUGCACAAAUAAAUAAUAAAAAAAUAUAUUUUUAAUAACAGAAUAUACAUACCGGUAUAUAUUUUUGUCAUCUGUGUUUUGAAUUGCAUUACGAAAUGGGCCAGCUCCUGCAUAGAGGGUCCUUUUUAACCUUUAGCGAAUUAAUUGGUAAACACAGGGCACAGACAGUGGGUGUUGUGACUCUGUGUCUUUGUUGCAGGAGUGGAUCUCAUCUCUGCUUGUGACAUUCGGUAUUGCACACAGGACGCCUGGUUUCAAGUUAAGGUAAUUGAUUGCUCCUUCAGUGAGAGUUAAAGGGACGUGUGUGACACAUGGCUACAUGGGUUAAAAAUAAUGUGUGGAGAUCCUCACAUUGUGCAGCAUAAGCUCCAGUAAAUCUGUAAACCUCACUCCAUUCUGGUCUAAUAAAGAGCUGACAAUAUGACUUUACUGGAUGAUUGCUGGGGCAGUGAGACCGAGAGCUUCCCUAGGGACAGAUAGGAAGUGGUAGAAGAUGAGAUUAAUCCAUACAUGGGAGGUGGGGUUCCAUACAGUAAGAUGGCAUCUGUUGGAUUUCUCUCUCUGUUUGGCAGGAGGUGGAUAUCGGUCUGGCCGCUGAUGUUGGGACCCUGCAACGACUUCCUAGAAUCAUCGGAAGUAUGAGGUACGGCGGGUAAUAAAUUGGGGAGGGGUGGGAGAGGGUAGGUAUCUGUGUUUUACAGGGCAAGGUGUGUCAGUGGGUUCAUUUUACCUUCUCCCCUCCUGCAGCCUGGUGAAUGAACUCGCCCUCACUGCGCGGAAGAUGAUGGCUAAUGAAGCUGAGAGCAGCGGAUUGGUCAGGUAUUGGCGUUUGCUUCCAGAAUUAUUCUGAGAAUUUAAAGCUAGUCUGUCCCUUUCAGGCUCUUUUCAAAACGUGAAGAUGGCAUCUCUGGUUAGGGUCCAGUGGUCAUGGGGGUGCAGUCAAAGGUAAGUUUUACCUAAAGAUGUACCUCGCGGUAAUUGCUGUCCUCAUGCAGGUGAGCCUCCUCGUCUGCCAGGAGCCAUGUCAGUGCUGUACCCCCAUGUAUGCACAAGAAGUCUGGAGGCCCAUGCCAAACCUUUAGCCCGCCGUAGAUCACAUCCUGCAAAACCUCAGGAGCCCCCGUAGAUCACAUCCUGCAAUGAGUGAGACAAUGCCGGAAUCCCGAUGUCUGCUGGGAUUGGACAAAAGUUGUUAGUGGAGCUCUGCGUUUUGUUAACUUUUCUCUUAUGGAAUCCUUGGAUUCAAUGAAAUUCCAAUGCAGUCAGUGUUCGUAUUUCAUAAAGAUUAUAUUAUGUAUAAUGUUGUUCCUGGCUUAGCAUGGCAUCACUAAUGGGUAUGUUUACCCCCAGCAGACUGGACAGGACACUUAAUUGUUCAGUUAUAGAAAGUUUUCUUUAAGCUAUGGUCCCCCAUGGAAAACAAUCCUCUUUAGCUUCCUUUCCCCAGCGACCCAUGGAAAGGACUGGUUUAUCACAAUCCUGUCCACCAGCGUUACUUUUUCUGGGAAAUAAUUAUCAUUUGACUGUUCACCCGUUUGGGCUCAUCUCCUGCCUCAGUACAAGAAGUAUUGAAGAGUUAAGUAUGCAUUAUUCUUCCUUUGUUGCAUUUCUCACCUAUAACACCUAUAAACAGUAAGUGCAUCAGUAGAAUUUAUUGGGGUGAGGGAGUGAGGAGAGAUCACCUCCAGAGAGGGUGCAAAUGUACAUGUGUCAUUCUUAUAUCUGCCAGUAGGUGUCACUCUAAGGAUUGAAGGAUGUUGAGACCCAACCUUGUGUACUCAAGAUGUGAUCUUACUCCCUGCGCUGGUGGUGUAUCAUAUGAUAUUUAUCUAUUAGUGCACAUAAGUAGUGUAACUUUUCUGAUAGUAUACAUAAAUAGUGUAAUUUAUCUAAUAGUGCACAUAAUGCCAUUUAAAAGGGCACAUAAAUAGUAUAAUGUAAAUAAUAGUGCACAUAAAUAGUAUAAUUUAUCUAAUAGUGCACAUUAAUAGUGCAAUUUUUCUAAUAGUAUACAUAACUUGCCCUGUCAUGGCGUCUGGUGUUGGCACACUGUGUGUAUAACUCGCCCAGGCCUAUUAUGGCGUCUGGUGUUAGCACACUGUGUAUAACUUGCCCAGGCCUAUCAUGGCGUCCGGUGUUAGCAUGCUGUGUGUGUAUAACUCGCCCAGGCCUAUCAUGGCGUCCGGUGUUAGCAUGCUGUGUGUAAUUCGCCCAGGCCUAUCAUGGCGUCCGGUGUUAGCAUGCUGUGUGUGUAUAACUCGCCCAGGCCUAUCAUGGCGUCCGGUGUUAGCAUGCUGUGUGUAUAACUCGCCCAGGCCUAUCAUGGCGUCCGGUGUUAGCACGCUGUGUGUAAUUCGCCCAGGUCUGUCAUGGCGUCCAAGGAUAGCACGCUGUGUGUAACUUGAAAAGACUUGUAAUGGCGUACAAUGUUAGCAUGCAGUGUAUAGCUAACUCCGGCCUAUCAUUGCGUCUGGUGUUAGCACGCUGUAUGUUUCUUGCCCAUGCCUGCCUGUUUUUAGUUGAGGUUGCCCGGACUAGUUCAUAAUCUUACCUGUGAUACCAUGCCAUUUCCAAGUUCUCCUUUCAACCUAACUUUUUUCCCAGUGACGUGGACUCCCCUCACUGCAGUGGGAAAUACGUUAGAGAGGAGGACUUUGUCACUACGGGGAGGGGUACUCGGAGUAACCAUUUAAGCAUUUUUGAACAGGAAAAACUUAAUGGACAGGGUGGAUAGAGUCACCCUUUAAUGUCAUUUUGAUUAAUGUGCUUAUUAUACCCCUGUGUGUUGUAAUGCCACAUUGUAUUUUUUUCUUUCUCCUCCAGUCGUGUUUUUCCCGAUAAAUCCGCCCUCCUCCUCGCUGCAUUUGAUCUGGCAUCCGAGAUUGCCAGUAAGAGUCCGGUUGCUGUCCAGGGAACCAAAGUGAACUUGGUCUAUUCCCAGAGCCACUCGGUGCAGGAGAGCCUUGAUUACAUGGUUGGUGUCUUCCCCAGCCUGGCACCAGUACCCCCUCCAGUGACAAUUCUCCCAGUGUUUACUGUUUCUUGUUUGGGUUACAGGUGUGUUGGAACAUGAGCAUGCUGCAGACAGACGAUGUCCUGAAAUCGGCCCAGGCCCUUCUGGAGAAAAAAUCUGUAAAAGACGUAACCUUCUCUAAACUAUAGGAGGAGCAGAGAACCCAACGCAAGACAGAAUCCAGAACAAAGGAAUAGAAUUAGACAAAUCCUAGAGUGCAGUGACAGAAUUAGACAGACCCUAGAAAAUGGGUAACAGAAUUAGACUGACAUUGAAUUAAAUUACAGAUCGGAGCCCUGGGACAGAACUGAAUGGAACCUGGAGCACAGGGAGAGAAUUACCGUUGGUAAAGCGGACUCACCUCAUGUUGUUGCUCAGGGUGAAUUAAGCACUAAUUAAAGAUGUUCCAUUUGUAUUUCUGAUAAUCUGUGCCUUUAAAUCCGAUAAUAUGAUGUCUCUAAUCUUGACUGAUUAAUCAGUGCUUUCUUCAGCCUAUUAGGAAACGAAGCUCAGACAGAUGACAUUAUCCCUAAUAAAGAACAUUUCAUCUGUUUCAUGUGUUGAUUGCUUGUAUAGAUACUUACUCAGCAUU